UUUUUUUUUAUUUAGUUUUGAUAUUUAAGUUCUUAUAAUUUCUUUUUUUUUUUUUUAACGUUUUUAUUUUAUUAUAAAUAUAACUCUUGUUCAUUAUUAUUCCUAUUUAUUCUUAUUUAUUAAUUAUUAUUUAUAAGUCUCGAUUGGGACUCAAGAGUAGAGGAGGCCCUUGAGAUGAGUCCCAUGGACAAAAAUCAGUAGAGUAAAUUCGAUCAGAAUAUUUUGCGAAUGCGGAUUUUAAAGUAGAAUCAUUUUUGAGAAUAGUUCAUGCAUAAAAAAAUUUCCUAUUGUGCUUGUAGUUCAUGUUUUAUCCAUAGCUAUCGCUUAAGUCGUUGAAUAUGCUACGAGCAAAAGGUGUUUAAUAGUCUUAAAUUUAUAUGAUAUACAAAUAAAAGUGAAUUUAUGUUCUUAUAAACAAAAUCAAAUAAUUUGUUUUUUUUUUGUCUAAUUCGCACUUCUAAUAUUGAAAACUUUAAUAGCAUUGAAGUGCAUUAUUUAGAUUAUGCAGGAAUUUCCUUACAUAUUGUCGGAAUGCGAAGAAAUAAAUCAAGUAUUACACAAGCCUAUAAACUCGACACAAAGAAUUAAGUAUACAUGUCUUAAUGUUUCACAAAAUUACAUUAUACUUGGAUCAACUAGUGGAAGUAUCUACCUCUUCAACAGAGAACCAUGUACUUUUCGACAAUUAAUACCAUUAUCGGAAGGCAUAGUCUCAAAUGUUUCAAUAUCACCUGAUGAAAAAAUCAUAGCAUUAGCCACAACGCGUGGAAUAAUAUGUGUUGUUACUUUAAAACCAACAAUAAAAUUAAUUGCUACAUCGAAUGAACAUGCUUAUGAAAAAAUUAUGUGCCUCUGUUGGAAUGAUAAUAGUUCUGAAAUAUAUAUUGGUGAUGGCACUGGCAAAGUUUCUGCAAUUGUAUUAACCGUUUUCACAAUGAAUGGAAUGUUUCAAUCACCGUCUUGUACAUUAAUGAAUCUAGAUUCGAGUAUUGUACAAUUAAAUUUUUCAUCACCUCUCUUAUUGAUAUCAACUUUAACACGCUGUUAUAUAUGUGAUACAGUUCAUGAACAAUAUAAACAAAUAGGUAACAAAGCAAGAAAUGGAGAAUUUGGUGCAUGUUUUUAUAAAAUACAAAUUGAUGAAAAUGUUAAAACUUCGACUGCUAUUAAAAAGGGGCAAGAUAUUGUUAAAAAGAAAAGUUCAUUUAGUUUUAUUUCAGAAAGUAAUAGUAAUAUAUCAGAGUCUAUUUCACCAAAAAUUUUUUGUGCCCGACCUGGUUCAAGAUUUUGGGAAGUAUCUGCGAGUGGUGUAGUUUUAAAAACUCAUCAAUUUAAAGAAUUAUUAGCAAUACCACCUAUGAAAAUACAUAGAGUAACUAAGCAAGCAUUAGAACAAAGAAAAUAUAUUAAUCAUUCAUGGACUUCACAAUCGAUCAAUUUUCCUCAAUUAUUUGUAAUUGCUUCCAAAUAUUUGUUUUCUUACACAUCUAAUGGCUUAUAUAUUCUUGAUCUUGUGAAUCCAAAUGUAAUACUAUGGAGUAAUGAAUUUACAAACAUUACAAUGGUAGAUGUCAUAGAAAAUAAAAUAUAUUUAAUGAUCUCUGAUAAUGAGUUCCAUUGUUUAACAUUUUAUACGCUUGAUGCAUUAAUAUUGCACUUGUAUUAUACUAAACAGUAUUACAAUUGUUUAGAAACUUGUAUUACAUACAAAUCGCAGCUAUCGAAAUUAAUUAAUGAUAAAUAUAUCAAUGACAUCUACGGUAUUGAAACUAAUCAACGAAAAUUGGAGAACGAUGAGAUAUCAGUAUUACUGCAACCAUUAAUUUCUAUACUGAAAUCAAAUUUAAAUUCUAGUCCUAUCAAAUUAGAUUCGGGUAUUGUUGUAGUUAAUUCAGGAAACUUGAAACAAAAAUUUAACGAAGAUCAACAAAAUAAAUUUACACAACAAAUUUGUUCAUCUUCCGAAUCUAUUCAAAUAUCCUCUAUACAAAAUACACCUUCGGAUAUUAAAAAUAUAUUAGAAUUAAACAGUAAUCUAUCAUCUACAUUAGAUGAAAAUUUAAUAAGAAAGAUACAAAUUGAUUUAGAACCUAUAUGUACAUUAUCUAGCAGCAUAAAAAUCUCAAUGACUGAAAAAGAGAUGGAAAUGUUUAUUCUUGAUAUACGUAAAAAAAUGGACAACAUCGAAUGUUUAUACAAAACUUUACCUCAGUUUAAAGAUUUGGCAUGUGAUAUAAUACAUAUUGCCAAAAUUAAUUUUACCAAAACAUUUCUGACAAAUGUAUCGAUAGAAUUAUUACGUUCUACAAUGAAUAUGAUUAUUACAGAUCAUUUUAUAGGUGCUUUCAUUCUUAUAAAUACAUCUAAUUAUAAGGAAUGUACCUGCGGUUUUCCAUUUCCAAUAGAUCAAAUAAAAGAGCCAAGCUUUUUAGAAAUUGGCAAAACUCUUUUACAAAAACUUGUAAAUAGAAGUACAGAAAGAUGUAUACAUUUAUGUAAUAGAGUACCUUAUAUGUGGAGAGAAUAUACGACUUUGUAUAUAAAAGAACAAUACGCUAUAGAAGACAUAUUACGACAAUGCCUUUUAACUCAAGAUAGUGUUACAUUGUCAAUUAUUUUACCAAUAUUAGAUGUGAAUCAGUGGAAAUUGAUUACAAUGUAUUUAAAAAAAAUGAAUGAUAAAAAGUGUCUCUCUUGUGAAAAAUUAAUAACAUUAGAAACAAAUAUUUCUUCAAUAAAUUGGAACAGAGUAAUAUUUGAAGUUAUGAAAAGGGAUGGCCCAGAUAUAGCUAUGGUAUUUUUUACAAAAUUGGAAAUGUUACUUCCUCUCGAAUCAUUUGAUAAAAGUAUAUUUCAGUCGUUUAUAUUUUCGAAAAUUUUACAUCAUCAUGGCAUGCAAUUGGCAGUAGAUUUUAAAUGCAAUUCCAAUAUAUAUGGAUAUAAUACAAUGUGUUCCACAAAGAUUCGAGAUCAAUUAAUAAAGGUAUUAAAAAGAGAUAUAGCUCGAUUUGAUAACAAAAAUAUAUUAAGCACUGGUGCUCAUCAUUGGGGAAUGCAAUAUAAAUCUAAAAAUAAGUCAUCGACAUGUCCAUGUUGUACUCUUUCUCUCCAAACAUCAGUUCUUUUAGAUAAUAAUGGUAUAGCAAUUUUCCCCUGUGGUCAUACAUAUCAUGUAAAUUGUAUGAUAGAAAAAAAACUCACUAAAUGUAAUCUUCAUUGAUGAAGUAUAUAUAUAUAUAUAUAUAUAUAUAUAUAUUAAAAAUAAUAAAAUAAAAGAAAUAUAUAUAUAAAAUAUUGGAAAAAACUUUUUGUACAUUCUAUCAAAUAUUAUAGUGCUGAAAUAAUUAAUGAUAAUAGUACGUGCGUAAUGGUAGUAGAUCAUACAAAAUGUAUAUAUUCUUUGUACUUAAAAGAUUGUCUAAAAAGACUGUAUAUCAUAAUAUAUUUAUUAUAAUUUAAUAUAAUCAUUUUUUUGUUUGUAUUAUGUUUCUUUUUCUGAAAAAUCUAUCUUACACAUUUACAUAAUACCUGACAUUUCAUAUAACAAAAACCUUUUUCACAAUUUUAAUAUUUUCUAUAUAAUAAUAAAUAUCAUAUAUAUUUCAUAAUUAUCACAGAUACAUCAGUCUUUCUUUUUUCUAAGUUUGCUUACAGUGCAGGAUUUGAGAAUCACAUAUUUUAUUCUAAGAGAGAUAAAUAACAUUAAUUCUUUUAAACUUACCUUACUCAAUGCUAUUGUCUCUUAUAUGAUAUUUAGAAAGAAAAAUAUUAGAAUAAAAGCAAAAUCCUGUAAAUUACUUCAUAUAGCAUUUCCUUAAUUUAAUUUUUAACUUGAAUAAAUCUAAUAAAAAUAUUUAAAUUUGUUUUUCUCAAAUUCACUUCAUUCAAUAUAGCACUGUCAUCUAUAAUAUGAUCCCUUUUUAUACACAUCUACUUUGAAUAUUAUUAUAUUAGAUAAUUAUCUAAACAUGUUUCAAUUAUUAGCAUAAUUGCCAGAACGGAAUCUGCAUAUACGGUAAUGCAUUAUACAAAAUAAAUAAAAUAAAAAAAUUUGUUAUAUAAAGAAUAAAAAUAUUAACAUUUUUUAUAUAUAGCUGCACUUAUUUAUAAUUGCAGCAAUUAGAUUUUUUUUAUGUAAGUAAAACUGCCUUUAUAUGUGAAACUUCUUAAGAUUAAUUAAUAUAUAAAAUAUACCAGAUUAUUUUUUACGUAAAACUUUAACAUUAGAAUAUUAAUGUUUAAUACUGUCAUUCUAUAAGAUCAAAUUUGACUAGAAAAUUAAAUUUGUAGUUUACUUUUUUGAGACUUAAUACUAUUAACACACUAGACACUUACAUGAUAAAAAAAUAUUCACAAUGAGAACGAUAUUUUAGAUCCCAUUCCUUUUUGCAUUAUAAUAUGACAAAAUAAAACAUUGCUUAUUCAUUUUAUAUGCUAAAAAAAAUAUGUUUGCCAUUGAAAUGGGAAGAUUUAAAUUACCGUUAUAUAGAGUAUGAUAAUAUCAUGCAUAAUUUGUGCGUAUUAUUUUGUGUAUCGUUAUUUUCCUUCAAAUAAUAUAAAUUAUAAUGUCGUCGUUCUUUAUUGUGGUCUGUCUUAUGAUAAUAAAUAUAAUUAAUUAAAAAUUUUUAAUGUGUAACUUCGGUAAAAUAAAAUAAAUAUAGAGCGAUUAACAAAUGGCAGACCACAAACAAAAACUAUAUCAUUAUUAUAUAUCGAUAAAUUUAUGAUAUAUAUAUAUAUGUUAUAUAUAUAUAUAUACAUUUACACGAAGAGCGAUUAUGAUACUUAAAUUUACAAUAUAAAAAUGUAAUAUACUCUAACUCUUUUUAUCACUACGUCAUUCUUAAAUGCAUUUAAAACUAUGAGCUGCUUUUGAUAUGUAACUUACCCUUAACUCCACAUACAAUCGUCCAGUGAAACUACACUGGAAAAUUAUUAAAUUUAUCUAAUGAGAAAUGUGCAUGUAUAUAUAUAUAUAUAUACAAAAAAAAUUAAAGAUUCUUUAAAGAGAAUCGAAAAAAUGCGACAUUGUAUGAUGGCAUAAUGAUUGCAGCUGAGAAAAGUUGUGUAGUUACAUCUUAAUAAUAGCAUAAUAUGCACAUAUUAAAUAAAAGGUAUACAUAUAGAGAAACAGAUAUAGAGACGUGAAGAAUGAAUAUGAUUUGAAUAAAGAAUUACUACUUUGAAAAAAAAAAAAAAAAAAAAAAAAAAAAAAAAAAAAGAAAAAAAAAUGCGCAUAAUAUGCAAUUUUCUGUGUACGUGAAUUCAUUGUUUUGUUGGCGAUAAUAUAAUAUUCCUUCAAAGUAAUAUUAUACAAUUCUAUUCAUACAUUAGUCUGGACUAAGUUAUCACACGUGCAUUACUAUGGCCCAACAUAUGUGUUUAUGUAAUUAAUAACUUUUAAAGACGUUUUUAUAUAGAAAAAAUUUUUUCAAACUUUUACUACUUUUAUAUAUUGCAAGCGCACAUAUUAAUAUAUACUUAUAAAUAUAAUUGUAAUAAAUAUAUAUCUCUCAUACAAUUCAUAGAAUGAGACAUACAAUUGAAUAAUUGCAUUAAUAAUUAAAUAGAAUACAUGUACUUAUAGUCAUCGUAAUGAUUUUACCAUGCACUAAAUAUUUUUAUUCUAUUUAUGCAAGAUAAAAAAAUAUAAACCUAUUGAGAAAUAUUGAGAACACUUAGAUACAUCUUCUAGAUAUAUUACAUGACAAAUAGUACUAGGUAAAAUCAGAAAUAUAAACAAAUUUGUGCAGCACAAUAUUAUAUACUUAUUGAUCGUACUUCAUAGAAGUUAAUUGAAAGCUUGCAAUAUUUAUAAUGUUUGUAUAUAUGCAGAAAUCAUAAAUACAUAACACAUAUGAGUCUUCUAAUACAAUCAGUAUUUAAACCAAACGUUAAAAAAUGUGAUAUUUUAUAUAACAUUUUUAGAGAAAAAAAAUGAAAAUUAUAAGUUUAUCAUAUUAUCGUUCUUAAUAAAAAUAUUAAUAUCAAUUUAAUUGAAAUAAUAUUACAUUCUUGCUUUGAUUUUAGAAAUUGCAAGAUAUGAAAAGUUAAAUGUGUCUGCAUUAUCAUAUAAUACUACAUUUAAAAUUUUGCCCCAACUAUAUUGUGUAUCAUUAUUAACAUAUAUAAUUUCUUGGAAAAAUAAAAUUAUCCAAAAUGUGUUACAUAUCUAAGCAAUAUGUUGUAUAAAAUUAAGCAUUUCUUAAACUGACAUAUUAAAUAUUAAAUUAUUAUAAUUUCUCUGUUUUAAAUAUACUACAAACUGUUUGUUAAAAACAGUAAGAAAAUUUAAUUUAAUAAAAAAGAAAGGCGAAAUAGUCGUAGUCCAUUAUUAAAUAUUUAAAGUCCAUUUUAUAGAAUGCUUUUUCUUUUUUCCCAACAAUUUCGUCAAUAAAGGCACUGAUAAUGAGUGAAACUCAUGGCAAAAAUUUUCUUUUGUUUUUUUUUCUCCUUUGUUGCUGAAGAAUGUCUGUUAAAUUUGAUAGCUUUAAAGCUACUGAUAUGUCUUCAUUCGAUAAUCAUGUACUCAUAGCCAAAUUGCCUCUCACGCAAACAAGUUUCUAAUUGAGUACAAUAUAAAUAGAAUUUUCAUUAUUUCUUCCUUUAUAUAAAUUAAAAUAGUUUAGACAAUUAGACUAUCAGUACCUCAUGCAUGAAUUUCUACUUAAUUUUAAAAAUACGUAGUCUAUAUACUAUAUACUGAACAGCACAUCAAUAAGUGGCUAUAAAUGAAAGUGUGACAUGCAUCCAUUAACAUAUCUUUUUUAAAUUGUAACAUAAAAGGUCAGGAUACUGUUGGUUGGUGUGUUUACAGGAUUAAUUACACUCGCUUAAUACUUUGUGAGAAUCUUACAUUCAUUAAUAGUAAAAAGAAAUAUAAUAUAUACAUACGUGUAUAUAUAUGUAUAUAUGUAUAUAUAGUGAAAAAAAAAAACAAAGAAAAUUUUAUUUUAUAUUAAUACAAAUUUGUGUAAAAUAACACAUUAUAUAAUAUGAAAUAUAAGAUAAAUUCUCACAAAGUUAAAAUAUUGCGACACAUAUGUGCAUAAAAUGCCUUAAACAGCGUAACAUAUCUAAUAAAGUAUAUAGUUGAUUUUUCUUAAAAUGGAAAAAAUCAAUUAUCAUUAUAUAAGGUAUAUAUCUUGUCGUUAUUACCAAAAAGUUGAAGUUUCUUUUUGCAAGAUAUGUAAGAUAAUGUAUAACGUGUGCUGUAUAUAUUCGUAUUAAGGCAAUAGUUAAUAUAAAAAUCAAUCUCCCUUAGAGAAUAACAUAAACUAUUUAUUAUAACAGGCGGUUAGAGCGCUUUAAGAUUAUAGAAUGAAGGAUCUUCUUCUAUAAAACCACAGAAACAAAAAUAACAAUUUUAGGAUAUUGCGUGUACAGAUGAAUAAAGUAGACAUAUUGAGUAGUUAUAUUUUUGAAAGCGUAUAUAUGUAUUAUAUUAAGAUACAAUCUUGCAUCGUGGUGUACCCAGAAGAUUGAUGAAUUCACAUAAGAUGUCUUCCUUCUUCCCAAAGUUGUGAGCCAGCACUUGUGUUAAACAUUUAUUGGUAUAUCUUUCUUCAUCUUUGUCUCAUUUCUGGUUCAGCGUCAAUCAAUUAUAUGGAAAAUACCCCAUUUCAUUUUUAGAAUAUUACCAAUCAAUUAAGCACCGACACAUCGUCUUGAUUAAAAAUCUAAUGUUUUUUUUUCUUUUUUUU